AUGUCUUUUUCACGAAAUCACUCUUAUGAAGAGCGUGUUUCUAUACCAGAAGAAAGGGUGGGAACAGUGAUUGGACGCAGUGGUUCCAAUAUUAAAAAAAUCAGGCAAGAAACCGGUGCUCAUGUUUUCAUAAAGGAUGGCGUUGCACUAAUCAAAGGCACAACCUCACAACGUGCCCAAGCUAAAACAUUGAUACAAGAAAUAAUGAGUAAAGAAUCGCAUCAACUCUAUCCUGACAUAGGAUGUGUGCUAUUGGAAAUUGAUAACGAAGCGAUGGAUAUCAAGCAAAGCAAAAUUCGAUUCAGAGAAUAUCGUGGUCAAGACGCGAAUAUUCACUCGCGUAAUCGUAUCACUUAUUACCUUGAACAUAUUAUUGCCAAAAAAAAAUAUGAAAAAGAAAAAGGAAAAUCUUCAGAAAAUACUGACGGCAAUGUUGAUCUAACAUCCGCUAUCGCAAAAUUAUCUGUGUCAAAUGUUUUUCCUUCGGGAUCUCAAGUCUUUAAUACUACCGAUAUAAUUCGGCAUUUUCUUGGUGAAAUCAGUAAUUUUGUACGCAAAUCUGAUCCGUCUCAAAUUGAGACAAAAAGUGUCCGAAUUAAUAUAUUCUUUGGUCGGCAACUAUUUUCCAAUAUCGUCGACAAAGAAAUAAGUAUUAAUGAAUGGUGUGCAAUGGAUCGAUCUAGGACCAGUACCUCGUUUCAGCACAAUGCUCCGCGAAUUCUUGAAAAGAUCGAUUUGAUCAAUGAGAAAUACGGGUUUAGUUCAAUUGAAAAAGAAACCAAUAACUCAAAAAAACUAAGCGUUUGGAAGAUCACAAAGUGUGCAAGAGGACAACGCCGUAAAGCAAUACUUGAUGUGAUUUCUGGAUCAGACGCGCCCGACUUUCGCUUCUUGCUAAAAACUGGUCACGAGCAUCCUAUCAGCAUGAAACAUACAAAAGUAAUUACUGAUCUCCAGCGUCAAGGCUUACAAUUACGAGACGAGAGGUGGUUUAGAGAGAGAGAUUUCAACGGGAAAAUCAAUGUUGAAUCUAUCAUACAAGGAGUCACAAAGCAGCGUUAUGUGAAUGAUAAAUUCCAAAUAUCAUUCAUUUCCGUGCUCAAAGAAGCAAAACAAGAAAUUUUCAAAGAGGAUACCAUCAAACUUAAACACCUCUCUUGGAAAGCUUUUGCUUGGACUGUGGGAUCCGAUAUUUUGUAUGAUAAGGCUAAAAUCAGCGCGAGUAUCCAAGAAACUGUUACAUUUGCUCGGGAAAUUGUGAAGCACGUUUUUGUUUGA